CUCUCUUCGAUCUUUAUAUUAUUUUCCUCUCCCUCCCUUCGAAAUCAUAAUACUCCCUCUAUUUUAUUUUAUUUUAUUUUAUUAUUAUUAUAGGAUAAUUUGCAAUUGUGAGGGUGUCCAUUGAAAGAGGAAUUAGCUAAUACUUUAAAGAUAAAAAUAUACGGAGUAUAUUCACUUGAAAACAUAGUCAUGCAUGAGAUGUUAUAUUCGUUUGUGGUCUUAGUUUUAUUUCAAAUUCAAUUCAAAGUACGAGUUUUUGCAUAUUUUUGUUACACGUGAUUAAAUAUAGGAUCUUGCUAACGAACGUGGCCGGACGUUGAAUAAAACUUUAAGAUAUUUCCUAAAUAAAUUACACCCUUAUUAAAUAGAGGAUCUUCUUUAUUGCUUUUCUCGUUAAUUUGGGGUAUUUUGUGGUGGGUCAACGACGGAAAAUUACACCCUUAUUCGUUCUUUUUUAAUAGUAACGUUUUGUUUGUUCACAAUACUAUAUAUAUACUCUCUUCAUAACGUUUCAUAAUAUUAGUAAUUUAAUAUCAAUGCUAGAUAAUAAGCAAAAAAAUUAAAUUGAAUAUCGUAGAACUAUAUAUCUCCUACGCUUCUAUCCAUCUUAAAUUAACGAACAUGCAUAUUAACGUAACAUAUAUAUGUUGUCAUUGCAUUUAAAGUACAAAGUAAGCACAAGAAAUUAUGACGGAUUUGAUCACAGCCGAAGAAGUGCCCUUGGUGAAUCCGGAGGCUGAUUACGAGAGUUUGAAAGCGGAGUUGGAUGCCAAGGUGAACGGCGAGGAUAAUGUAGGGUUAAGUGCUGAUCAAGUGUUAUUGAACACACAAUUCUUAAACCUUUGCAAGGACAAAAUACAAAGAAUUGAUAGGCAUUUUUGGUCUGGCUCUGUGGUCACUGAUCGCCCGACUCUUAGUAGCGGCUAUUACACCGUUCUUACCCAGAAAGGCACCAAGCCUGAAGGCGUCAAAUGGGGCCAAGUCUGGGCUAAUGGUGCCGCUGAUGACACCACUGCUCGUAAGUGGAUUGUGGCUUUUGAUACUGCUGCUGGCAAGGCUUAUGCUGAAGCAGGACCAAUGGGUCCAGUUGAUUGGAACGUAGUUGAAGUGAAACUGGGUAUGUCCGGAAGCAAAACCGAGCACACUGACCCCAUCCUUGGAGGUAACGUACUUGCUACGAUUGAUGGUCUCAAGGCAUAUGCACAUUUCCGCUGAAUGUUAGAGCUUGCUGAGAUAUAAUGAAAUCUAUCUACUAUGGAAUAAUAUGUGUUGCACUACGAAUUUAAUUUGAUGUAUUGCGUUAGCUGCCAAUCAUGAACUAGCUUCCUUGUUACUUUCCUUUUUACUUCAAGUACUCUUGUGUAACAAAUAAUUAUGAUGCUUCUAUGCAUCUAAAUUCCAAAUGAUUAAUGCGUAAUUG